ACAGACUUCCGUUGGAUGCUGAGAAAAUUGAAGACCAUGAAAGCAGAGAGAGAAAAGGAACUGGCAAAGGUUGUUGAGAAAGUGGACAAUGUGAAACAGAUUGAAGUGAGAACCGAUGGAAAGGCUGAGUUUGAGGUUAACAUGCAGCUGAAGGACCCUAAUAGUCAAGUGCUCCUCUUUAAGGAUGGUGUCAUGAUUGAUUAUGGAACUGGCAAUGAUAAGAAACAUAAUCUUGAGCAGAACGGCAAUAAGUAUCUAUUCAGCAUCAAGGAUCUUGGACCAGAUGAUGCCGGCCUUUAUCAAGUGGAUGUAGAGGAUGCCAAUUUGCUCUCAACUAAUUUCAAAGUUCCUGAUGUUGAAUUUGCCUCCGCUAUUCAAGACUGUAAAGUGAAAGAAGGCGAAACAGCUACAUUUGAGUGUGUCCUUUUAACUCCAGUUGAUAAGAUCAUGUGGUAUGGAAAUGAUACUGCUUUGGAAGACGAAGCAAAAUAUGAGAUUACUGUUUCAGAAGACAAGCUAACUCACAAACUUGUGAUAAAAGAAGCUGAAUUGACAGAUGAAGGCACCAUUACUGCCAUAGCGGGUAUUGCCCCAUGCAGAGCUUCACUGAUUGUUAUAGAGGAUCCAAACCGACGCAGAGGCAAAGGAAGUGGUGAUGAGGAUGAGGCAGCGAGACUCGCCAGACUCCAGAAGGAGAAGGAUGAUCUGGAGGCCAAGAGGAGGGCUCAGGCAGGAGCAGGAGAUGGAUCAGGAGAUGGAUCUGGUUUGGGUGAUGGAUCUGGACUCGGAGAUGGAUCUGGUACUGGCGGAUCUGGUACUGACGGUGACGGUUCAGGGGAUGGUAAAAAUAAGCGCGGCGAUGGCACACUGUGCUUCACUCAGAUGUUGACGGACACAUACGCAAUUCGUGGCAAACCAGCUGAAAUGGCUUGUACUCUUAGCAUUGAAGCUGACGGAGCCUGGAGCAAAGGUGGGGAGAAGCUUAUCAGCACAGAUGGAGUGACCAUUAAAAAUGCCGGUGCCAGUCAUAAACUAUUAAUUAAAAGUGCCGAAGAUGGACACGCUGGGCCAUACGCUUUUGAAGUCGAAGACAUGAAAACAGAGGGAUCUUUGUUUGUUGGAGAUUUGCCUGCAUUUGAUGCUGAUAGCCUAAAUAAGUUCUCAAAGCCAGUCAUUGUAAAGGCGGGCCAGACUGCAUCAUUCAAAAUGCAGUUUACGCCACAAGAAAACCUUGAAGUCAGAUGGUUCAAAGGUGGUGCUGCACUCAAUGACGGAGGGGGGAUCAAGAUCCAGAAAGAGCCCAAUCACAGCCGUCUUGUAAUUAAAGACUGCAUUCGCAGUGACACAGCAAAAGUCAAGAUUCAACUCAAAACCCCUUUCGGUGUAGUUGAGGCCAAUUCUGAACUCAUUGUUUUAGACAAGCCAGGGCCACCAGAAGGUCCAGCGGAAAAUAUUGACAGCAAAUCUUCCAAUAUUGAGCUGCAGUGGAAACCCCCAAAAGACGACGGUGGCUCAGCAUUGACAAACUACAUCAUAGAGCGACAGCAAAUGGGUCAGCCCAUGUGGAAGAAAGUGGCAGAUGUCUCAGCAGACCGACUGACAUUCAGAGACCGUGGCGUCACACAUGGAAGGAAAUAUAUGUAUCGCAUUUAUGCUGAGAACCCUGAGGGAAUUGGGGAACCGCUGGUGUCAGAAAACAUCAUAGCUGGAACCCUGGUGUUCCCAGGUCCACCAUCUGCACCAAAGGUGGAAAGUGCUUUCAAAAACUGCAUCAAUUUAACAUGGGAACCCCCAGCCAAUGAUGGAGGAACUAAAAUCAUUGGAUACCAAGUGGAAAAACGCAAGAAAGACACAAACCAGUGGAUUGCUCUGAACUCAGCAAAAGAGCCAAUCGAAGGCCUGAAAUAUGCUGCUAAAGAUAUAUCUGCGGGAUCAGAAUAUGAGUUCAGAGUGUCAGCUAUCAAUGAUUCAGGGGUCGGAGAUCCAAGUCCUCCCUCUGCAAUGGUGUGUGCAAGAAACCCCAAGGCGAAACCACAGUUCAAACAUGUAGAGGGUUUUAUGGUCAUAAGAUCAGGAAAUUCCCUGAGAAUCAAGAUCAAUUAUGAGGCUGAGCCUGAGCCUGAUAUCACCUGGCUAAAAGACGAGGAACCUGUCUCUCCAUGGGUUAAGAUCAUAAAUGUUGAGGGGUCAUCAACGCUGGUGAUUCCUUCAUCGAAACGAUCAGAUACUGGAUUCUACACUAUUGUGGCUAAGAACUCCAGUGGCACUACCACAUUUGACAUUGAGGUUAGAGUUACAGAUGAACCUAAACCACCAGGCCCAGUGGCAUUAGAACAACUCGUCCAUGGGAGAGUAAUCAUCACAUGGGACCCCUCUCCUGACCAGGAGCUGGAUGACCGCCUGCACUACAUGGUGACUGAGCACGAGUCCGACACCCGUGUUUGGCGCCCCAUUGCUGAUCGCCUCUUCUGCAACACUUUCACCGCAACCGUACGCUCUGGGAGAGAGUACCAUUUCCGCGUCUACGCCAAGAACGACAUGGGUCUGUCAGAUGCAUCCCCUUCACCCACCUGGGGUGUCAAUAGCAACAAAGUUGCAGCAACAACGCAUGUCCCAAUGUCAGUGUCCUUUGAGAGGCCUCCAUCCAUCAUGGUUCCUCUGAAAGUCCAUACUCCUCCAAAAGGCUACCAGUGCUUCAUGACAUGCGCUGUCCGUGGCUGCCCAAAGCCAUACAUCUUUUGGUACUUGGAUGGCGUCUGCAUCAACCGCAACAAACACUUCUACAUCACCAAUGCCCAUGGCAUCUGCUCCAUGUACAUCCUCAGGGUGAGCCGCGAUGACAGCGGAGAGUAUAAGGUGGUGGCAAUCAACUCAUAUGGCACUGCCGAGUGUUCCACUAAAGUCAGCGUUACAGAUUGAAACACACCACUAAUGCAGCAGUAGCAGGGAUGUGUCAAGAUCUUCAUUAUAGUAAUC